AUGACGACAGUGCGACGACGGACUGCAGGCCAGAGAAGCAAGGUGACCGACUCGGACGGUGAUGAUGAGCCUAUCGAGCCUCUGGACGAGCAAGAACAGCAACAAGUCCUCACCGAUCUCAACGAUGCCUUUGAACGAGCUCGCACGUUUGCACGGUCGGCUACAGCGCUCCUCGUCCUCCUCACCAGCUUAGUCUGGCUUGCCUAUCCGCUUCUACUCGACCCGGCAAAGGAACGGACCUACACUUCGCCUGCUCAGCUCGCAAUUGCUCUGCCGCUCGCUCUGCUCUCCAUCACUCUCUGCGCAGUCGAUCAGCCGGACAGUCAGCGACGAGUCCAAGCGGCUCAGAUGAUCAGCGCUUCUUUGGGCUUUGGUGCACUGAUCUACGUCUAUUCGACGCAAGGCCAAGCCUGGCCACGCUCGUCUCAUUCGAAUUCCGAUCAUCAGCAGCUCAGAUCGAAGAACUCGACAAGCUCAAGUGAGUCACAGUCAGUGGCUCUCAUUGGCUGUACAAAGAUGAACAAGUGCAAUCAGAUAUGGCUACAAAGGCGCCUGAGCAGAGCAGAUGGACGGUAG